AAAAACCUGCCAAUAAAAAAGUUGCAGGAACCCCUGUCCCACAAUGCCAUCCAUCCAGCUGCCACUGCUACUCCUCUGCUUGACCUCGUGUGGUGUUUGCUUCAAUGGGGGACAUCUCCUUCCAGAGGAGAGUGAGAACAUAGGAAAAAGUCCCCUGGAUGACAUCCUUCAGAGAUCUGAAAGCCUCAUUCUCCAGUCUGUCCUCAAGAAAGCUGAAGAGGAAGAGAUUAAUAAAGAAUCAAAUGCCCCUCUGCUACAACGGCUUUCCAAAAGACAACACCCUGGGAAAAAGUACCUAAGUAUUCUGGAGAAGAGACAGCAUCCUGGGAAAAGAGAUGUUGAGGAAGAGACAGCUUAUGGAGACAUUCAGAAGAGGCAGCAUCCAGGAAAAAGGGAGAUGGAAGAUGACCUUGAUGUCUAUCUGGAGCUGAAAAGGCAACAGCUUCCCAGCAGAAAGUCACCGUUGGAUCAGUUUGCAUACAGCCCUAGGGCACAGCUAACCUACAUGAAUGAGUUAUCUAAAAGAGAACAUCCAGGCAGAAGAUAUCCGAUGUACAAGCACCAGCGUCCCAGCAAAAGAGGCUGGAAUUAUGAGGUAGAUGUAUAUGGUGAGAAACGCCAGCAUCCUGGAAAAAGGUACUGGAAUUCUGACGGCUCAGAUGACACAGGUCCCUGCAGCUUUCAGGAGUCAUUCACUUGUCACAAAGGCAAGUUGUUGCUUGAUUUAGUAGAAGAUGUUAGCAGAGACAGGGUAGAAGAAAAGCGUCAGCACCCAGGAAAGAGAUCAGCAUGGGAAAGUGAAACAGAGGAAUGA